UUUCGAUUUGGAUGGAGACCUGGAGGAAGUCCCUCAAACCUUCAUUUCCCCACCCUCCUCUCCCCCAAGCUCUCCUACCCUUCCUCCUUUUCAACCCAACCCUCCCCCAUCCUCUCCUGCCACCCUUCCUGACCCCUUGCUCAUGUCACCUCGUCCCAACUACUCCUCACCUUUCCCCCCACACUCCUCUCCCCCAAGCUCUCCCACCCUUCCUGACCCCUUCCUCAUGUCUCCUCAUCCCUCACCAGAAAUCUACUCCUCACCUUACCCCUCACCCAUGUCUUACCCUUUCGGCUUUUCUCCCCUUUCUAAUUCUGCCCCUUCACCUCCUACAACCCCUUCUUCUCCUACAGCCCCUUCUUCUCCUGCAGCCCCUUCUUCUCCUACAGUUAACCCUGGCGUACAAAGGCUACUUAUGUUCAGCUACGGUGCUUCUUGUCAUAAACGCCUUAAGAUCGAUUCACACACCUCUCCUUCUCCACCUCCCCCACAUUCCCCACCUCACUCACAUUCUCAACCUUCCCCACCUUCAACUUCUCCACCUUCCCCUUCUCCACCUUCCCCUUCUCCACCUUCCCCUUCUCCACCUUCCCCUUCUCCACCUUCCGCUUCUCCACCUUCAGCUUCUCCACCUUCACCUUCUCCACCUUCUGCUCAGCCCAGUACUUUAAGCCGGCGGCAGAAGGCUAAACUGCGAUCCAAACGAAAUGCGCAGUUUAAGAAGUUUAUGAGGAAGAACGACGACCCUGGCCCCCCUCCCACAGUUAUGAAGUCAGACCAUUCGGAAACUGCUCCCUCUCUCUCAAGACGAGAUAAAGCUCGUAAGAGAUCCAAGGAAAAUUACAAGUUCAAGAAAUACAUGAAGAAGAGCAGCUGAAGGUUGAGGUGGAGUCCACAGCGCCGAGACGCGCCGAGAGGGACGCGCCGAGAGGGACGCGCCG